GAUUUUUUAGUACGGAGGUAGUAUUCAUAAAUAACAUAGAACUUUGGUUUUUGUGUGAUAAAAUUAUAAAACACAAGUUUCAAAUAUAGAAAAUAAAAGAAAAAGGAAAGAGAAAGAAAGAAAAUAUAAGAAUUGUAGCAUUAAUUCCUUACACACUCUCGCUCAUGGGCCAUUUUUGGUCGGCCCAAAACAAAAGAGAAAAACCCAAACACACACACACAGUUCACACCUCCUCUGUAGGAGGUGGAUUGUGGCGGUGAAGGAGGUGACGGAGGAGGAAGUCAGUGAAAACCGCUUCGUAAUUAGGCAUCUUCGCAUACCCCGGAAAGUAAUUUAUGUCGAUUAUUUGGUAAUGAUCUGUGCCUCCUUUACUCUUCCUGUUGUCCCUAAUCAAAUCGAAAUUGAACAGAUUCAAUUCCAAGGCAUCUCUCAAACCUCCGGCCAAGUCGCUUACGAGUCUCUCCGGCGGCAUCGCUGCUCUCGCCUCCCCCAUCCCCCGGUCACCGCCGGCAAGAUUUGAUAUCUGGGAAAAAGGCAGCAGGCCGAGAUUAUUGUCGGAAUCGUAAUCCGGUAGAGAAUCCCUGCGGACGCAGUGGACGUGAUCCCCGACCACGUACACUUUGAAAACGACGCCGCCGUGGUUGACGAAUUGUUGCAGCACGAAAGGGGGCUCCAAUUCUGAUCCUAGCUUGCGCAGACCUUCCAGGUUGAACACGAGAUACAUCUGGUGAGAUUUCGCGGUGCCGUUGGAGGCCGAAGGCUUGGCAAUUACCGGAUACUCCACAUCACAAUUAUCGAGGAGAUUCUGGAAAUGAGUGGUAUUGAGAACGGGAAUCUGAUCCGGUAUCCCGAAGGAACAAGGAGCUGAAUCGGAAUCGGGCAAGUGUAAGUGGGAGACGACUUGGAGCAUGGAGAGGCGGUCGUGGAGGCGGCGGACGGCGCGGGGAGGGUCGAUGAUGGGGAGGGUAGGGUAACGGGAAGAGAAUUCGGCUAGCUGGGAUUCCCAGGUUGGGUGGGAGAGCUUGUGGAGGAUGCAGUGGAAAGGAGGACCUUGGUUGAGUAGGGGGAGGGAGAGGUCGAUGGGGAUGAGACGGACGCCGUGAGUUUGGGCGUGGUUUAGGAGCGAAGGGGUGAUGAAGCUGUCCACUUUCUUGGGUGAAAGUGCGUAACCCACCACCAAAGUCAUAUUCCUCCUCUCGCCGGCGGCCUCUUCUCGUUGGCUUGGUGACGAACAAGACAUGAUGACUGAUAAGGGGAAGCACCAAAAAAGAAUAAAAAAAAAAACACGCACACACACAGUGAAGACUGAGGAGGAGGAGGAGGAGCCGAGAAUCGGAGUGUUACGGAAUUGUUUUUUCUUUUUUUUGAAAAGGUGUUAUGGAAUUGUGAGUUCCAUACAAAUCACGCAACUCAAGGGCAAACGAAUAAAAAAUCAACUUUAUCUAUUUUUAUACUAAAAAAAAAAAAAAACCCAAAUACUACUAGUACUUGCUAAAAAUAAAAAAUUCAAAAAAAUCGCCCUUCUCUCUUUUUGGAUUUUACCAAAUACUACUAUUAAUACUCUUUUUUGGAGAAAUAAAAAACGGAAUUGGUGGAAACGAGCUGUAGGAGAAAUUUGGGAAAUGGAAGCGGAUGCGCAGAAGAUAGAUACCAAAACGGCGUCGGCCAAAGAAGGGGGUAAGCUGUGCAAGAGAUGCAAACACAGUUACAAUCCAUCAUCCAAUACCCCUAAUUCCUGCAGAUUUCAUCCUUCUUUCUUCGUCUGUCGCCGCCACGAUGAUCAGAAGAGGUACUAUGAGUUGGGAGAAGAUGAUCCACCAUACGCGGCCAAGUUUUACGAUUGUUGUGGAGCAGAAGACCCAAACGCCCCUGGCUGUACCACUGCUCUCCAUGUCUCUUUUGAUGACGUUGAUUGAUGAUUUGAUUUCUACUUUUUGUGCUUCAACUGCUUUUUUUUCUUCUUUUGUAUUCUGUAAUUCGCUACUCUGGCAGCCUCACACAAUAGAGUCGAGGGCACACAGACAAUACGAUUGGCCAAAAUUUGGUUAGAACUAGAUGGAAUGUUUGUUUGUUGCCUGUUGGAGUUUAAUUUCCCCCUCCCGACUUAAAUGAUUGUCCCGUUUUAAUUUUUAUUUUCACUAUUUAUUUAUGCCGUGUAUACAAUUUGUAGUCAAAUAAUAAUAUCUAAAUUGAACAAUCUUUUUAAAACAGAGAGUAAUAUUUUGAGCGAUCAUCAGAACCAUAAGGGGCCGACUUUGGCUAUUGUGAA